AUGGGCACACCGAACCUGCCCUUCCUAUGGCCUAUGCUGUUCAGGCCAGCAAAAUCGGCACGAAUACACGUUUCCAGAGCAAAGGAGAACGCGCCUCGCGCUCGACAAGCACGACGACACUUCACCACAGCGCCCUGCCGGUCAGAGCAAUCAAUUCCACAGCGAUAUGGAAAGGCAUACGAACACGCGGUCUCACCAGAAAACAAGAAACCGACCAUUGUGUCUCGAAAUAAGAACUCCACGGCAACAGAGAAGUUUCAGGACCUCGAUCGCGAGGAAGAAGUAGAUGAAGAUGCGCCAACGACACUAUCCAGCUCCUCGACCCUCAGCAAAGCCAGUGCCACCGAGGAGACGUUCUCAAAAACGCCAGCACCCGAGCCGCCUAAAACAGGCGAAAACAAACCCCUCGAUAGCGUCCUUCACAUGCCUUCACCCGCUGACGAAGAAUCGCACAAACCACCACACCUGAAGACACCCCCCUACGUUCAUCAUUUUGACACAUACGGCCUCGUACGCAAACUAUCGGAAUCAUCGUUUACACCCACCCAAUCCAUCAUCAUCAUGAAGGCUGUGCGACAAAUACUACUCGACAACAUGGCACUGGCGCGCGAAGGUCUCGUCAGCAAGAGCAACGUGGAAAACGAGACAUACCUGUUCCGGGCAGCAUGUAGCGAACUGCGGACGGAAAUUGGCAACGCGAGGAAAGGCGAGAUGGAGCGAAUGCGGCAAGAAAGAGGCCAAUUGCAGCACGAAGUAGAUAUUCUCGGGCAACGCCUAGGACAGGAGACGGGCGGCCUGAAAGACGAGCUUAAGGGGCUCUUUGACGACCGCAAAAUGGCCGUGAGGCAGGAGCAAAGGAGCAUGGAGACAAAGAUCCAGGAGCUCAACUACAAAAUCACAGUCGCCCUCAACUCGGAUGCGCGCUCUGAAGUCGAGGCUCUCCGCUGGGUCCUGACGCGGCGUGCCGCCAUUACCGUUGGCGUCUCGGCAUUCAUGCUCUUCGUCGCGCUGAGAUAUACGAGCUACGUGCAGCAUCAGAUGCAAGAGGAGAAGAAGAAGAGGAACCCCCCGCCGCCGCAUGGACAAGGCUCGCUCCAGGAUUUGGCGGAUAAUUCCUCCGCGCCAAAUAGACCCGUUGUCGAUCCGGCGAGCCCAACGGCACAUGAUGCGCUGGGGGGAGAGCUGUUGGCUACAGAGGGAGUGUCGCUUGGAUAG